GGGGGGGGGUGUGGGGCUGGUGACGUGGCCGCCGGUACCGGUGCCGGCAGCGGGGCGAUGCGCGGGCGGGUGGCGGGCGCAUAUGGCCAGGAUCAGCGUUUCCUGCCCGUCGUGGCGCUCGGCGGGACUCUGUCCGUGCCCGGGGCUGCGGCAGCGCCCGGUGGCGCUGGGGCUGGCCCUCGCCUUGGGGCUGCUGCUGCUGCUGGCGGCCGCCGCCCCCCGCCGCCACUGGACCGCGCCGCCCCGCGCCGCCCGGCGGGACGAGAGGUACCUGGCGCGGGUGGAGGACCUGGCGGCCACGGACACCGAGGACUCGGCCCUCAAUUACGGCGUGGUCAUCGAUUGCGGGAGCAGCGGGUCGCGGGUGUUCGUCUACUUCUGGCCCCCGCACAACGGGAACCCCCACGACCUGCUGGACAUCAAGCAGAUGAGGGACCAGAGCAGCCGCCCCGUCGUUAAGAAAAUUAAACCAGGCAUCUCCGUGGCGGCGGCAGCCCCGGAGCAAGCUACGCCCUACCUGCGUCCUCUGCUUCAGUUCGCGGCGGCCCACGUCCCGGCUCAGAAGCACAAGGAAACUCCGCUUUACAUCCUGUGCACGGCAGGCAUGCGGCUGCUGCCCGAGAGGCAGCAAGCUGCAAUCUUGGAGGACUUGGUGAGAAAUGUGCCCCUGGAAUUUGAUUUCCUGUUCUCCAAAUCACAUGCAGAAGUGAUCUCGGGGAAACAGGAAGGUGUCUAUGCUUGGAUUGGCAUCAACUUUGUCCUGGGCCGGUUUGAUCACGAGGAGGAAGAGGAUGCAGUGGUCACCGUCGCACUGGGGGACCAGGGCGAGUCCCUGGUUCGAAAACGAACAGUUGGGAUCCUAGACAUGGGAGGUGCCUCCCUGCAGAUCGCCUAUGAAGUGCCUGAGUCCGGAGCCUUCUCCUCCCCGCAACAGGAGGAGGCUGCCAAGAGCCUGCUGGCAGAGUUCAACCUGGGCUGUGAUGUGCAGCACACUGGCCACAUAUACCGUGUCUACGUCAACACCUUCCUGGGCUUUGGGGGCAAUUUUGCCCGGCAGCGCUAUGAGGAGCUUGUGUUGAACCAGACCUAUGUGCACAACCGCCUGCACAACCAGCAGACAGGGCUGAGCCCUGAGACGCCUUUCCUGGACCCCUGUCUACCUGUGGGGCUGGAGGACACGGUGGCCAAGGGUGGCCGAACCCUGUACAUGCGGGGGCGAGGGGACUGGCCGGCCUGUGCAGAGGUGCUGGAGCCCCUCCUGGCCGGGUCCAACAGCAGCCAGGCCUCCCUGGUGGGGGCUUACAAAGCACCCAUCGACUUUGGCAACAGCGAGUUCUAUGGCUUCUCUGAGUUUUUUUACUGUACUGAGGACGUGCUGCGCCUGGGGGGCCACUACAGUGCCUCCACCUUCACCUCUGCUGCCCAGGAAUACUGCAGCCAAAGAUGGGAGGUGCUGACCCAGCGCUUCCGUGGUGGACUCUACUCGGCGCAUGCUGAUCAGCACCGGCUGAAGUAUCAGUGCUUCAAAUCGGCGUGGAUGUAUGAAGUCCUUCACCAGGGCUUCCGCUUCCCCCUGGACUAUCCCAGCCUGCGCACGGCCCAGCUGGUGUUUGACCGGGAGGUGCAGUGGACGCUGGGAGCCAUCCUCUACAAGACACGGUUUCUGCCACUCAGGGAUCUCCGGCAGGAGAGCAUCCGGCAAGCACAUACCUCCUGGCUGCGCCUCUCUUUUGUCUACAACCACUAUCUCUUCUUUGCCUGCAUCCUGGUCGUAGCGCUGGCCAUAGUCCUCUACCUCCUGCGGCUGCGCCGCAUCCACCGCCGGCAGCUGCGCGCGGCCCAGCUCACCCUGCUCUGGCUGGACAAGGUGGUGGUGCCGACGGGCCAGGGAAACGGGCCGUGACACUGAUGGUACCUACCGUCCAGUUGCACCAGCAGAACCAGGACUGGCUGAUAGCCUGGGACCCAAGACUUGGACUCUUUCUUAAAGACCAUCUCCACAUCAGAACCAGAGCCUGCGGGCUGAGGCAGCUAUGGACACCAGAGCUUUCCUCUCCGCCUCACCCCAGGCCUAAUCUUUGCAUUCCUUGGCCUCCGGCUUUCAUCUUACUACGUGGUGUAGAGCAAAGUCCUCUACUGCCAGCAGGCUCGAGGCUGCAGACCUGGCAGGUCUCUCAGAUAAGCAGUGCGCUAUCACUGGGGUGGCCAACCCAGGGCUGUGGCCUGAAGCACCAGGACACGCUAUGACUCAGCCACCAGUUUGCAGAGCAACCUGGUGAGGUGCUGCAGCUCAGCACCUGGGGUGGCCUUUCUGCAGUCCUUUACGUGCCCAUGGACUGGAGAACAGCAGUGGACAGCAAAGUCACUGCAGGAACCAAGUGCGCCAUGAGCUCCACCGCCCAGCCUCUCUUGGAGCACUCCUUAAGAGGUGUCCUGCUCUUCACCAUGUCUUCCUCUCCCAGGACAAUCCUCCCAUGGACGUAGCCAAUGCCCCAGGCUCAGCACUGAGCACUUAAGAUUGGUUCCUAAGGCACUUUCAAAGCAGGCUGUGUUUCCUUUCAGACAUUCCCUCCUGGGCACCUCUGCCCCAUGGUGUCCCACACGUUAAUUGGGCACAGGCACCAGGACCAGUGGUUCUCUCCCCCAUGAACACAGGCUGGGCCUGCCUGGGGUGGAACCACCUCGCUCCAGCCCAGCUCACUGCCCCAGGGCAGGCCUGAGCUGUAGCUGUGUGCACAAGCCUUCCUCCUCUGGGGCUGGAGCCCCCCGAUAAUCCAAUGAAGUUCAUCCCUGUUUACUUGAACUCAGCUGUUCCCAUUCCUGUAGCAAUAAACAAACCCCUUGAGCCAUCCA